GUUAUUUUUGAGACCAGAAACCAACUAGACCAGACCGAUAGCCAUAUUGGGACUGAUGGACUAGCUUGUGAGAAUCGCUUUCCUAAAGAAUCUACCAUCAAAAAAAGAAAAAUAGAAAUGAUGCCACUCUGCAUUAUUCAAGAUAACCAAAGUAAUAUUCAGGACGAUAAUCAAUGUCAUGAUAUUCAAGAUACCGUUCAGAUCAAUCAAAGUGAUAUAACACCACUAGCUUUGGAGUAUGAAGCAUUACUAUGUAUUAUAAAGAGUAAUGAUGGGCCAUUUCCUAUUAUAAACAAAUCAUCACUUUACGUUCGGAAUGAAUACAAAGACAUUUAUCAUUUAUUAAUAUACAACUCGCUACUUAUUACUCGCCAUAAGUUUAUCAUCACUGGAACAUCUGGAAUAGAGUAUCUUAAUCAUAACAGCAUAUGGCAUCUAGUGGACAGUGUAUUGACACCUGAAGAUGUAGAAGCCAAAACAGUAAUUGCUUUGUCCCCUAGAAGUAUUAAAAGAGACGAAUUUCAAGAAUUCGAUAAGAUAAUAGUUAAAAGAUUUUACAUGGGUCCUUGGUCCCUUGAGGAGUUAUUAAUUUGUCAGGAACAUGUUUUCCCAGCAGUACCCAUUGAUAUUAUGAUGGAACUAUAUAAUAAAGCGGGCGGCAUUCCAAGGUAUAUAUUUCAACGAAUGGAAGAAGCAAUGAAAUAUCACGACCCAAAAACAAUCUUAGGAAAAGAGGAAAUUUUGAGGUUAUCUUUUAAGCGAAUUUCAGAUGCUAUCUUAGAAAUAAGUGACUUCUCCGACAUUUUAAAGUUCUUCAAUGAAAAAACCGAAAAAGCUCACGCAUGGGAUGAUUUAUUAGAGAAAAUUCAAACCCAUAAGUCAUACCCUAGUGUAAGAGGUAUAAUGCUAGAACUAUAUGUAAUUCAUCUUUUCAGCUGUGGAGACCGUUGUUUUGAAAUGAGGAAAUUAGAGGAAUACAAUGGCAAAACAAAUGAAUGCACCACUGAUACGAAAAUUUACACAAUAAUACCUCAACCAAAAAUUGAAUACAUCUUGACUCCAAAUGAGCUUUUAAAUCAUGAAGAGUAUAAAAUUAUUCUACCGUCGAAAUCCAAUUUUGGUGCUGCAGAUCUAUUCAUCACUCCCAAUGAUAUUUUUCAAGUAACGGUUUCUCAACGACAUCCUAUCAAGCAGGCUGAACUUUCAAACUUGGUCACAAAUAUGCCUGCCCGUACAAAAGAUAAAAAUGCAAAGAUUUGGUUUUUUUUUGUUGUUCCUGAUGAUAUCUACAGUACUUUCAAAUAUCAGGACAUUAUAAUACGUGAUAAUGAUACAAAAACCUUUCGAAAGGUUAAGUCAAUCAAUCCCAUCCUUAAUAACUUGGAACAAUGGGUUUUAAAAAUUGAUAUGAAACCUAAUUCAUGUUAA